CACUCUACAAUUGUAUAAUAUACAUAAUAUUGCGGAAGUUAACGUAAUUUUACCCAACUCAAAUUCUAAUAAUAUAGAAAAGCUCAUCAUUGUCAGAAAGGAACAGGUAACUAUUAAGCGUCAUGUCAAGAGCAACUUGAUGUCUAAAGACUUAACAUCAGAAGCAACCACACAAGAGCUAACUUUAAGA